ACGCUGAUUAAGGGUUAUGAAAGGCUGAUGAUGCAUUACAAUUAUCUAACAUUAUUUCAUUUGCCUUUCUUAAAAAUUUGGAACAUAUGGAGGACAGGAGAGAAUGUAUGAGAUGUUAGAAUAAGAGCAGGUGUUGAUUGAUGUGUGUAAUAUUCCUUUGUUUUCUUCCUAGAAAACAAAUAGGAUUUCCUCCCCCCUUCACCCUCCCAAGAAGACUAUGGAGGAGGCCGCCAGAAAUCUGGGGGGCCAUUUCAAUGCCAAUAACGAAGAAGCCAUUAAAAAACCAUUUAAAUGCAUGGAGUGCGGAAAGAGAUUCACUCAGAGUGGACACCUUAGAAACCAUCAACGGACUCACACGGGGGAGAAACCAUUUAAAUGUCUGGAGUGUGGAAAGAGCUUCAAUCGGAGUGGAACACUAAGAAUUCAUCAACGGAUUCACACAGGGGAGAAACCAUUUAAAUGUCUGGAGUGUGGAAAGAGCUUCACUGACAAUAGUAGUUUUAGAACUCAUCAACGGACUCACACAGGAGAGAAACCAUUUAAAUGUAUUGAGUGUGGAAAGAGCUUCAGUCGGAGUCGACACCUUAGAAACCAUCAACGGACUCACACGGGGGAGAAACCAUUUCAAUGUCUGGAGUGUGGAAAGAGCUUCAAUCGGAGUGGAACACUAAGAAUUCAUCAACGGACUCACACGGGGGAGAAACCAUUUGACUGUAUUGAGUGUGGAAUAUGCUUCACUUAUAGUGGAGCACUAAGAAUUCAUCAAUGGACUCACACAGGGGAGAAACCAUUUAAAUGUAUGCAGUGUGGAAAGAGCUUCACUGAGAGUGGAACACUAAGAAUUCAUCAACGGACUCACACAGGAGAGAAACCAUUUAAAUGUAUUGAGUGUGGAAGGAGCUUCACUCAAAGUGGAACACUAAGAAUUCAUCAACGGACUCACACAGGAGAGAAACCAUUUAAAUGUAUGGAGUGUGGAAAGUGCUUCUGUACGGGUGGGCAACUGAAUUCACAUCAUCGAACACACACAGGAGAGAAACCAUUUAAAUGCGUGGAGUGUGGAAAGAGCUUCACUUAUAGUGGAGCACUAAGAAUUCAUCAGCGGAUUCACACGGACUGACAGUGGAAAUCUAAGAAUUCAUCAACGGACUCACACAGGAGAGAAACCAUUUAAAUGUAUGGAAUGUGGAAAGAGCUUCAGUCAGAGUGGACAUCUUAGACAACAUCAACGGACUCACACAGGAGAGAAACCAUAUAAGUGUUAGGGAAGUGGAUCGAGGUUCAGUUGUAGUGGAAGUCUUAGAAAUCCCCUAAAGACUCUGAGGCGUAAGAGCUGUAAGAGUGGAAACUCUACAAGCCAUGAAUUAACUCAAAGAAGAGAAAUGGUUUAAAUAGAAGGAUUGUGGAUUCUGCUUUGGUUAUUAUGGAACGCUUUUUAAAGUGUAGAACCUCUUUCUCUCCGAAUUGACACUUUCCUUCACAUCAGUAACAGGAAAUCACUGAAGGAAGGCAGUGUGU